CCUUCCAUUUAUAUCUCGCCGAGCGCUUUUGGAUUUUUUUACGCUAAACGUUAGCAUUCAUAUCACCUGAAUAGUACCAGUAUUUGCUCAAAUACAAUGGGAAUAGAGGAUGAAACGGACCGGACACUCUUUAUAAGAAAUUUAGAUCCAAGGGUGACGGAGGAGCUUUUGUUCGAGCUGUUUUUACAGGCAGGACCUCUCAUCAAAACUAAAAUCCCAAAAGACUCGGAUGGGAAACAGAAAACGUUUGGCUUUGCCGUUUAUAAACACGAAGAGUCUGUGCCGUAUGCCAUGCAGCUCCUCAACGGGACAUCGCUGUUUGGGAGGUCUAUUCAUGUGCAGUUCAGAUCAGGUAGCAGUCAUAGCAGCAGUCCAGGGAACUCGCAGAAUUCAAGUCCCACAAAUACCCCAAAUCCCCACGGCCAGAGGACCCCAAUCCAGUUCAGCUCUCCACCGUAUACUCCUCCGUCCCAAAUGCAGAGGCCCUUUACAUCUCCUGAUAGUCUGCAGAAACAUGUCAUGAUGAACAACAUGAUGUGGCAGCUCCACAUGCAGCAGCUUGAGCAGCUAAAUGGCGGCUUCUCUAAGCCUCCGCAGAGGCAGCCGCCUGCAGGUGGAAACUCUGGUGGAUCAAGGCAACACGAUAACAGCCCCUACUGGCCUCAUCCGUCCCACAUGAAAGGUGGCAGCAGAAGCCAGCGCUACGCAGACGAGUCAGGUCCCGGCCAUCAUCAGCAACACAGCCACGGCCGGGACAACUAUCACCACCAGAGCGACAGGAGCGCCAACCGACACCAUGACAGCAGAGGUGGAAACAGACAUUAUGACGACAGGAGCAGCAACCGUGGCUACCAAGAUAGUAGAUGGCGACGGUACUAAGACGCACUAAGGAUUUCUGUAAAGACUUAAGUUUUUCACAAAUUUGUGCGACGCGUCUUGAAGAAGAGAUGUUGAUAAAUUCCCAUGUAAUCUCAGGUCGUUUGUACAUGAGCUUACCGGUUUCAAGAUUUAAUAACUUAUGCCUUAGCGCCAUUUUUGUUUACUUUUAAGGCGUUUUUAAAUUUCUAAACUUCUUUCAUGUGAGUUUAACCUCACAGAUGUCUCUCUAAACAUUUAGAGGAGAAGAACUGUAUGAUCAUGAGAGCAAGGACCAAAAAAAAAAGAAAAAAGAAAGAAAAAUCAGAUAUGACUGGUAGUUAUAUUUUGAAGACAUGUGGGGAAAAAAAGAUUUAAGAUAUUGGCCAGUUUUUAUGUUAUGCAAAUAGU